AUGCUUCUCUCUGAGCGAAGAAAGAAAGAACAUGCCCUCCGCCGUAAAUCAUGGGAUAGAGCGUUCACUACAAAAGCCCUACGCGAUUAUGAGCACAGAGUGCUCAAAUACACCAAGCUUCUCAAUGACCGUAUUGAUGAAGCAAAGGGUGAACCAUUCAAUAUAGCCCUAUGGGUCAACUUCUACACCUUUGACAUCAUGGGUGAUCUUGCCUUCGGAAAAAGCUUCGACAUGCUUGAAAGCGGCGUCGAACACAACUUCUUCACUGAGUCCCACAAAACCCAGGGUUUCAUGGGCGCGUUCCGGCGACUGGUUUGGUUCUUCCCUCUUGUUUCAUCUAUCCCAAUCGUGAACAGUUCGUUUUUGGCUUUUCAAGCCUAUAUCAGGAAUCAAGUCGAGACUCGACGAAAGAAUAAACCGGCGGAACCAGAUGUGUUCAGUAGUAUCCUGGAAGAUUACGAUGCGAUGGAGAAGCCCACUCAGCAGGACUUCGAUAACCUUUGUGGUGACGCUCAUCUCAUUGUUAUCGCUGGCAGUGAUACCACUUCUUCUUCCACGACUUGUCUCUUGCACAACCUCGUACUCCACCCCGAUGUGCUGGCAAAACUUCAGGCUGAGAUCGAUGAAUACAAGAACACCCACGACGAAUAUGAUCUGGUUUCCCUAAGCAAGCUACAGUAUCUUCAAGCUUGUAUCGAUGAGUCACUUCGUCUUUAUCCUGUUGUCCCAUCAGGUGUUCCAAGGAUGACUCCGCCGGAAGGAAUGCAGCUUGAUGGUGUUUACAUACCUGGAGAUACCAUUAUACAUAGCCCUUCUUACACCAUGUACCGAGAUGAGCGUUGUUUUGAGAAGCCGAACGAGUUUAUUCCUGAGCGAUGGACCACUAAACCGGAGCUGAUCAAGGAUGCAUCGGCAUACGCUCCAUUCCAUACUGGUCGUGGCGUUUGUGCUGGAAAGCAACUUGGUCUUAUGGAGAUGCGCUAUGUGCUCAUGGAUAUUCUCUCAAGAUAUGAUAUUGCUUUCACACCCGGAACCAAUCCCCAGGCUUUUAUUGAUGGCUUGAGAGAUUGUUACACUCUGGAACUGCCAAGGUUGGAUAUGGUGUUCACUCCAAGAACUGGGGGAAACGCCAAAGCAUAG